UCUUGUGCAGUGCCAGCCUCGUCCCGUAGACAAAAUGGUGAAGGUCGGUGUGAACGGAUUUGGCCAUAUUGGGCACCUGGUCACCAGGGCUGCCGUCUGCUCUCCACAUGGCAAAGUGGAGAUUGUUGCCGUCAAUGACCCCUUCAUUGACCUCAACUACAUGGUCUACAUGUUCCAGUAUGACUCCACCCAUGGCAAAUUCAACAGCACAGUCAAGGCUGAGAAUGGGAAACUUGUAAUCAACUGGAAGCCCAUCACCAUCUUCCAGAAGCAAGAUCCCACUCACAUCAAAUGGGGUGAUGCCGGUGCUGAGUAUGUCGUGGAGUCUACUGGCAUCUUCACCACCAUGGAGAAGGCUGGGGCCCACUUGAAGGGUGGAGCCAAAAGGGUCAUCAUCUCCGCCCCUUAUGCUGAUGCCCCCAUGUUUGUGAUGGGUGUGAACCACAAGAAAUAUCACAACUCACUCAAGAUUGUCAGCAAUGCAUCCUGCACCACCAACUGCUUAGUCCCCCUGGCCAAGGUCAUCCAUGACAACUUUGGCAUCAUGGAAGGGCUCAUGACCACGGUUCAUGCCAUCACUGCCACUCAGAAGACUGUGGAUGGCCCCUCUGGAAAGCUGUGGAGUGAUGGCCAUGGGGCUGCCCAGAACAUCAUCCCAGCAUCCAGUGGUGCUGCCAAGGCCGUGGGCAAGGUCAUCCCAGAGCUGAACAGGAAGUUCACUGGCAUGGCCUUCUGUGUUCCUACCCACAGUGUGUUUGUUGUGGAUCUGUCAUGCUGCCUGGAGAAACCUGCCAAGUAUGAUGACAUCAAGAAGGUGGUGAAGCAGGUAUCUGAGGGCCCACUGAAGGGCAUCCUGGGCUACACUGAGGACCAGGUUGUCUCCUGUGACUUCAACAGCAACUCCCACUCUUCCACCUUUGAUGCCAGGGCUGGCAUUGCUCUCAAUGACAACUUUGUGAAGCUCAUUUCCUGUUAUGACAAUGAAUUCGGCUACAGCAAUAGGGUGGUGGACCUCAUGGCCUACAUGGCCUCCGAGGAGUAAGAAACCCUGGACCACCCACACCAGCAAGGACACUGAGAGCAAGAGAGAGGCCCUCAGUUGUUGAGGCGUCCCUGUCCCAACUCGGCCCCCCAACACUGAGCAUCUCCCUCACAAUUUCCACCCCAGACCCCCAUAAUAACUGGAGGGGCUUAGGGAGCCCUCCCUACUCUCUUGAAUACCAUCAAUAAAGUUCGCUGAACCC